UUCAUUUUCAGAUCAUAUUCAGCAACAUUAUUACUAUACAAUUAUGUACUUGCAUUUCCAUUCUUGUUCCAUGAAGUUCUGAUUAAGUUGCAAUCCCCUUGAACAGUUUGUGGGAACAAUCACUUGACCAAUUCAGUAUGGCGACUGCAGGAAUAGCAGGCCUCUGUGGCCCAUCGUUUGAGGAAUCUGGAUUGUCUAUUGAAGAGGUUGCAGGUCGUGGCAGAGCGAUCAUCGCCAAGCGUCCCUUCAAGGAGGAUGAAACGCUGUUCAUCGAAUCACCUCUCAUGUCGUGCCAGUUCUCGUGGAAUCGCGAGUACAAGUACUUGGCGUGCGAGUAUUGUCUACGCUCUCUGGAGACUGCAGAGGAGAUGGCAUGUCGCCUCAGCAGCCAGCCUAGUAUUGACUUGCCCCUCUCCGCUGACUGCUGUGAAUCCAAACCCAGUACGUACGUGAAAUGCCCUGACUGUGAAGUCCAGUACUGCUCUGCCCCAUGUCAACAAAUGGCUGCUGAACGCUAUCAUCGCGGUGUGUGCGAGGGCAGAAUGGAUGCACAGCGUCGAGAACUGUUUUCCGAGUUGAAGGAGACAUGGAGGAAUAUGCAUUAUCCACCAGAGACGACCAACAUUGAAGUGCUGGCAAGAUGUUUCUCUGCUCCUGCUGAGUCUCCAUAUGGUCAGCACCUUUUUCAGCAGCUGGAGCUCUUAGUGCAUGGCACCACGUCCGAGGAUGAAGAAUUCCAGCACAAGCUUCUGCAGCCCGAUUAUGCUGUGAGUCUUUUAAAGUUAUGCAUGGUGCCACUGACAGUCUUAUGACAUCUGUACUUGUAG